CUCGCGUUCUUCCAUUCCAUAUCACGCGGAGACGCCAUUACGCUAUCAAAGCGAACGGUUGACGCUUUCUUUCGCUUAGUUUCUCUUCGCAAUCUGUUCGUCGGACCCUGUUGUCGCAGACCGCCAGCGACAGGCAGCAAAGAAAUUUGGCUUCAGAGAGCGACUGGAUGGAUGAGCAUCAAGAAAGCGAAAACGUUCCGGGUCAAGCAUCAGAUCUUGUCGCGGACGAGAUGCAAGAUGGUGACGCGGGUUUCGAUCCGGUAGGAACCGAGGCCGAAAUUUUAGAUGCGGAGCCGUCAGCCGGUGAAGGUAAGGCUUCUGGAGAGGGUUCAGAGGGAGCGGAUGCAAACGUCAUAACGGAUAACGGUGCAGAUGCAGACGAGGAUGCUGCUGCUGGUGGAGCUGAUAACGAAGAUGCUAAUGAUGAUGUUGACGGUGCGGCUGGAGGCGACGAAGUUAAUGCUAGGGUAGCGGAAGACGAAAGCGGAGCAGCUAAUACUGAGAACGGUUCCUCUGAUAUCGAAGCGGAGAAGAGGAGUGAAGCAGGCGACGGUCAGGGGAACGGGAUUGUAGCAGAAGGGGAUGAGGAUCAAGCGAAGGCAGAGAGGGAGGAGACGGAGGCGGAUGCGGAGAAGAACACGGAUUAUGAAGCGACGGAAGCAGGUGAUGAAGCAACGGUCAACGGGGUCAAGGGGGUCAACGGCGUUAACGGCGUUAAUGGCGUCUCCAUGACGAAGAAAGAGAAGGAGUCGGAGAAGCGGAGGCGGCGGCGAAAGCAGAAGAAGAAAUCCAAGGUGGCGAGCAAGGGAAUGGCGAUGGAGGAGGAGAAAGAGAAAGAAGCCGAGGACGAGAAGACGGACGCGGCGCUGGCCGGAGUGGAGGUGGAGUAUGUUACAGAGACGCCCGAAAUCGAGGGAGAAGGAUUCGAAGAGUUUCUGAAGAUAUUUGAGAAGUUCGCCACAGUGGAAGAGCCCAAGGAGGAGGAGAAGGAGGACGAGGAGAAGGCAGAGAAGAAAAAGAAGGCUGAUUCGGAUGAUGAGGAUGAGGAUGAAGACGAGGAGGACAAGGAGAAGGGUAUAAGCAACAAGGAGAGGAAGAUGAAGCACCGCAUGAAGGUGGGCGAGUUGAAGCAGAUAUGUGCGCGCCCAGAAGUCGUGGAGGUGUGGGACCCCACAGCUACGGACCCCCGGCUUCUCGUGUUUCUCAAGGCGUACCGCAACACCGUGCCUGUGCCGCGCCACUGGUCGCAGAAGCGCAAAUACCUCCAGGGCAAGAGGGGUAUCGAGAAACCGGUGUGGCAACUGCCUGAUUUCAUCGCGGCAACAGGCAUUGAAAAGCUCAGACAGGCGUAUGCGGAGAAGGAGGACAGCAAGAAGAUGAAGCAGAAGCAGCGCGACCGCAUGCAGCCCAAGAUGGGCAAGAUGGACAUCGACUACCAGGUGCUACACGAUGCAUUCUUCAAGUACCAGACGAAACCCAAGCUGACCUACGUGGGCGACCUGUACUACGAGGGCAAGGAAUUCGAGAGCAAGACACGGGACUACAAGCCCGGGCACCUGUCAAGUGCUCUGAAGAACGCACUGGGGAUGACAGACACCAACACACCGCCCCCCUGGCUUAUCAACAUGCAGCGCUAUGGUCCGCCCCCAUCCUAUCCGCACAUGAAGAUUCCAGGGCUCAACGCCCCCAUCCCUGCGGGUGCCUCGUUCGGCUACCAGCCUGGAGGGUGGGGCAAGCCGCCUGUUGACGAGUAUGGGCGACCGCUGUAUGGCGACGUGUUUGGGGCGCAACCAGCACCAGAGGAAGACCAGUUUGAGGAGGAGCCCAUUGAUCGGUCUAAGCACUGGGGCGACUUGGAGGAGGAAGAGGAAGAGGAGGAAGAAGAGGAGGAGGAGGAGGAAGAGGAGGAGGAGGGAGAGGAGAAGGAAGUGGGAGAGGAGGAUUUGCAGGCUGGCAUCACAUCAAUCGAUUCUCUCUCCACCACGCCAGCAGGAGUGGAGACCCCUGAUGUUAUUGACCUGCGUAAGGCCCAGCGCAAGGAUACUGCUGAGAAGCCCCUCUACACGGUGUUGGAGGAGAAGGAGGAGCGAGUAGCACCGACCUCCCUCAUGGGCACAACACACACCUACGUGGUGCCUCCUGCCGAUAAGGCAGCCGCCCCGAAGAAGGAUGUGAAGAAGGGGGACAGAGUGGAGGUGACGCUUCAGCCAGAGGAGCUUGAGGAGCUUGACGACGCUGCCCUCGCUGCCAAGUUUAAGGAGGCAAAGGAUGCGGAGAAGCGGCCAGAGGAGAGGGAAGACUUCAGCGAUAUGGUGGCAGAGAUGGAGAAGAAGAGGAAGCGCAAGGCGCAGGAUAAGGAUAAGGCAGUGAAGAAACAGAAGGACUUCAAGUUCUGAAAGAGUGGCAGAAUGGGACUCGUGGCCUUCACCUGUCUCCGCCCUUCUCCACCCAUCUCCACCCAUCUGCAUUCAUCUCCGCCCAUCUGCGCCCAUCGGCACUCUGUUUCGUCCACCCUCAUCCAGCUUUCCCCACCUUCACCCAUCGUUGGCACCUUCCAUGCACUUCAUCUCGGGGAGCCGCUCCUUUGGCUGCAUCAAGGCCAAAUGCCCACUCUGCAUGCAUGUGCUCAUGCCUAGUACAGUACUGGUAUUUCUACAGAAGACAAAUUUGCACUGACCUGGUGUAUGCUGUGCCUUGCUCCUGCGUCUUACUACAAUGUUUGCCAGCCUUCUCACAUACCACAUCAGCCGAAUUGAUCCGAAUGCUCCAAAUACGUUAUGUGACUCAGGCAGAGACGGCUACUGUGAUGAAGUUUCCUGUUACAAUCAAUAGAGCCCACUAUCAGGU